GCGAAAAGGAAAACAAUCACGGUCGGUGCGGUAAAAACUGCUUCCAUAUAAGUAAUUCGGCUCAAAAGAUGUAUGAAAACUACAUCGUUUAGCAUAAGAGAAAGUGCGGGUUGAUUCACAGUUUCCCGCUAUAGCUAUUUACUCGAAGCGUUUAUGUAAAUAGAAUAAGCGAACGAAGUGAAAUGUUUCCGGAAACGCUGGUGUUUGCGCUAGCGCUCUUCAUUACGGGCGCAAUCCUAUUUCUGCUCAUCUACUACCUGAUUAUACUGUCCGAUCUGGAAUGUGAUUAUCUAAACGCACAGGAAUGCUGCUCGAAGCUCAACUUUUGGUCCAUUCCUAAACUGGCUACCCAUGGAUUUCUUACUUUCCUGCUGCUCAUUCAUGGGAAUUGGAUUUUGUGCCUGGUAAACUUGCCCAUGGUAGGUUGGCUCGUGUACGAGCAGUACCGUGUACCACCCGGCAACAUUGGCAUUUACGAUCCGGCCGAAAUCCAUAACCGAGGCAUGGUGAAAAAGCACCUACGGGACACCAUGAUAGGAUUGGGCUUUUAUUUGAUUAUCUUCUUUGUUUAUCUGUACUGUAUGAUAAUCGCCUUACUGAAGGGGGAUCCGAUUAGACGACACGAAGAAGAGGAAAUAGUAACGGAAUUUUGAAUACUCC